UCAUUCAUCAAAAGUGGGCGUAGGCUAGGUGGCAGCAUCACCAUCACCACAUCAGGCACCACACUAGGUCUGCUGCUACCUCUCCUGCACUCACUAUCACACUGGAGAGAGGGAGACAAGCGGGACGAGAUAUAGUGUGAAGGAGAAAAAGAGGGAGGAGGAGAGAAACAGAGGGAGGGUGUGUGUGAGAAAGAGAGGCUGUAGGGAAGCCUAGCUAGGAGGAAGAGAGCAAAAAAGGAAGGGUAAAAGAGAUAAGGGGGCCAAACGAACAACAGGAUGGCAGAGCCGGAGCUGAAACCAUGGAACAGCCAGGAGAGCUUGAAGACGGCAACCGAGGGCCAGGAGAAGAUGGAGGCUGAGGCGGCUCCGGACAACACUGACCAGCCUCCGUCGCUGGACAAGCUUCCAUUCAAGCCUGCCUCUCCAUCCACCCCUACCCCUACGGCUGCUGAUGCCAUGGAAGCCACCACCCCUACCGCAGAGGCCUCCUCCCCAGCCAAGGCGGCAGGCGGCACGAUUGAACUGAAGCGCAGCAUCACGCUCUUUAACGGUGUGGGCAUGAUCAUUGGCACCAUCAUCGGCUCGGGCAUCUUCAUCACACCCACCGGGGUGGUUAAGGAGGCGGGCUCGGCCGGUCUUUCGCUAGUGGUGUGGGCCGUGUGUGGUGUGGUGUCCACCAUGGGUGCCCUAUGCUAUGCCGAGCUGGGUACCACCAUUACCAAGUCGGGCGGAGACUACACCUAUAUCCUGGAGGUGUACGGUGAGCUGGCCGCCUUCCUCAAGCUGUGGGUGGAGAUGCUGAUCAUCAGGCCGUCCUCCCAGUACGUGGUGUCGUUGGUGUUCGCCACCUACCUGCUCAAACCCCUCUACCCAAACUGCAGUGUGCCCGAUAGUGCCGCAAAGCUCAUCGCUUGUCUCUGCCUCACAUCGUUGACCUUUGUGAACUGCAUCAGCGUGCGGGCUGCCACCAAGGUCCAGGACUUGUUCACUGUGUCCAAGCUCCUGGCCCUGAUCAUCAUCAUCAUCUUCGGCUUCAUUCAGAUCGGAACCGGUGAUGUGCCAUACCUGACACCAGAAUUAGCAUUUGAAGGCAGCAAAUGGGGAGUCGACAACAUUGUGUUGGCUCUAUACAGUGGACUCUUUGCUUUUGGUGGAUGGAAUUACCUGAAUUACGUGACAGAGGAAAUGAUCAAUCCAGAGAGAAACCUGCCCCUGUCCAUCAUUAUCUCCAUGCCCAUUGUAACCGUGGUGUACGUACUGACCAACCUGGCCUAUUUCACCACUAUCCCCCCGAGUGUGAUGGUUGAGUCCGAGGCAGUAGCUGUGAUCUUUGGGGAAUAUCAUCUUGGUGUGAUGUCCUGGCUCAUCCCUGUCUUCGUGGGCCUGUCCUGCUUCGGCGCUGUCAACGGAAGCCUGUUCACCUCGGCACGGCUGUUUUAUGCUGGCGCUCGAGAGGGUCAGCUCCCUGCUGCACUGGGAUUGGUCCACACUGACCUCUUCACCCCAGUGCCCUCCCUAAUUUUCACAUGUUUCCUGUCCAUGCUUUACGCCCUGUCCAAGGACAUCUUCUCGGUUAUCAACCUGUUCAGCUUCUUUACCUGGUUGUGUGUGGGCAUGGCGAUCGCCGGCUUGCUGUGGCUCCGCUGGACCAAGCCAGAGCUCAGGAGGCCCAUCAAGAUUUGGUUGGUGGUCCCUGUGGUGUUUGUGCUGGGCUGUGUCUUCAUGAUCGUGGUGUCCUUCUGGGCAGCUCCCUUCGAGUGCCUGAUAGGCAGUGGGAUCAUCCUCACUGGUAUCCCCGCCUAUCUUCUGGGGUACAAGUGGAAGAAGCCCCACAUUGUAAAGAAGAUCUUAGAGAUCUUUACUCUGUUCUGCCAGAAGAUUUUUAUGUCCGUUCCAGAAGAACGUGAAGAGAAGGAGUCAGCUGAAGUAGCCGAAGAAGUCGAAACAACAAAGGAUGACUGAGUCAAUGCUUUAGUUGGAACAUUACAUGUUUACACUCAUUGUUGCUUUUGUUACAGAGUUCCAUGACUCUUGGUGAAAGUAGGGGUUUAUGCGAAUUGCUUCAGUGUACAUAUUUUGUAUUUUACAUGCAGUUUCUUACUCUGUUGUCUCUUUGAAUUCUCUCCAGCAAUUCAAUUCCACUUUUCAGUGACAUAGUUUACUUUCAAACUUUUUCACAUUUUUCCUAAACUAACCUUUUUUACAUUUCAUAUGUUGUAACCUAUUUUGCACAGUAAUCAAUAGGCCUGAAUUAAGCUAAAAAGGAAAAUCUAUUUCUAUUAACAAAAGUCAUGUAUGUUCUCUAGACAAUCAUCCAAUCAUCUUUGAUAAUGCGUACAAUACGGUCUUAAAACGGUCUUCAUCGAACUAAAGAUAAUUUCAUAUUUGACUUAUGAAUCAUAUAACUAUUAACCCCCCUUUACCUGAAGGUAUGUCUUUAACUCAGUGUAGUUGAAGGAACUAGCUACUGGUUACCUAAAUGGAUUGAACAAUGGCCAUCAAUCUGUGACAAACCCAUUAUUUUAUUCAGGUAACUCAUACCACACAUUCUGUAAACUACCUUCAUUUCCCUUUGACACGAUUGCACUCAUGAUAACAAUUAAAGAUUUUAACAUCUCGUUGUGCACUGUAUUGCUACAAUCAAUUUUAAAUCCAUUGUUUGGAACACAGUUAUAUCCCAAUUCUCAAAUUCACUUUGAAACAUUUUCAAAUAAUUCACUUAUUCAUUCGACAGAUUACUAUUUGAAGCACGUUUGUGCAAAGUGGAUUUCUGAUAUGAUAUCUGAUGUGUUGCCUUAAGAUUGAUGUCACACAAGUCAGUUGCUUGUAUUGAUACCCAAUGCCCUGUGUACAUAAAGGCAUGUCAAACCAUGCCUUCAUGAAAUCUACCGGUUUCCAUACAUUUAAAACCAUUAUAUUCAGAGAUUACAUUUGAUGUUUUUUUUUGUUUUAUUGUUUGUACAGAUACCAUGCCAGAAAUGUGAUUAUCAACAUUCAGCCAACAUUACAAUUUUGCUACUGAUGUAUACUUUUGUCAUGUUGUGAGCAUCAUAAGUGGAUAUUGAAGGGUCUUUUCUCUUUCGAAUGAGCGAUUACUGCAAGUACAGAUCUAAGCUUUCCCUACCCCAGUCCAAACCUUUUCUGACCCCAAGCCAGACCAGUUCAAGCCAAAAAAAACAAACAAAAACAAAACACCUAAUGGCACUAUUACAAUCCGUAUCGCUGAAGCAUUACAGAUUUAGCAUUAGAAAUGUGAAGGUAAUUUCUGAUUGAGCCGACAUAUCCAGAGUUUACCAUGAAUGCCAUCUCUGCCAACACGGGAGCAUUGCAUUUACAUUUUUGUUGGGCUUUUAGCACUACAUUUUUCGCGAUAUGGGUGGAAUAGAGCCUUAAUGAAAUUCUGGAGGCACAAAAUAUUAGCACAAACAUGUACAUGUUACUGAAUUAGGGACACAAUGCAGUAUAGAAUGUUAACUGCUCCUAUUCUUCUUCUUUUUUUAAAAUCCUCAUUGAAUUCUUGAAUCGUUGGGAAAGUAGGGACAAUAGCACAAUAGGUCGUUGCACUUACAGAAAGCACAAACUGUGAAGUAACUUGACAGGCACAGAGUUUACAGAUAGAGUAAACAAGGGAGUUUAGGGAAUAGGGACGUUUAAAUGGAUUACUGAUCGCUUUGUCUUGUAAGAGUAUAUUCAUGACUGCCAGCAUGAAGGAGAAACUGUCGGGGUACCUUCAUAUUUUUGUGGCUCAAAAUGCACCGCACAACAUAGUUCAGGUGUGUACAAAGUCUUGCGUAUUAUGCACGAUAAAGCCUUUGAAUGUAUUGAAUGUUAUGGGAUAUAAUACUUUUUAUUAUUUGAAUCGGAAGAAACAAUUGUACCUCUGUCAGUUAUUGGGACUUAAAUGUCAAUAACCAUUAAACUAUUUUUGUUCAAAAGG